AUCAAUUUCACUUUCAUCCGAAUUAUAAAUCCAAGCUCAAUCAUCACUUGAUCAUUCGAAUUGAAGUUUUACCAUCAUUGAUUUUCAUCUACACCGUCAAUCAUACAUUACAUUCUUUAUCAACAUCACAGCAAAACAAACAACAUCAUCAUCAAAACAGUGGAUUUCGAAAUUCCAAACUAAUGAGUCAUCAAAAUCCAUUCUCACCUGGAGUGGUACAUCCAUCACAGUUCGGUCAAGAGACUGAAGAGCAUCAUUCGGAUAUCGGUUAUCAUUCUCGUUUAUCCGAUCAACCUAAUCCUAAUUUAAAUCAUCCCAACUUUCAAUCUAAUCCUAAAUAUCAUGAUGAUAGAGAAGCUGAUUCAGGUCUUCCAUAUAGUCGACCUGCCUAUACUCCUUCGACUGAAAGCUUGAUGGGUGCUCCGAAUGCAGGCUUCCGGGGGCAAGAACCCAUGAGUGGCUCUUCUACCCCUACAGCCUAUGAGUCAUAUGGAUACUCAAGUGGUGCUACUGGUCAUGGAGCCGAUCCUUACUCUCGAUUGCGAGAAGCCUAUCCUGCCUGGAGUUCAGAUUCACAAAUUCCUCUCAGUAAAGAAGAAAUCGAAGAUGUGUUCAUUGACUUGGCCAACAAAUUUGGAUUUCAGAGAGACUCGAUGAGGAACGUUUACGACCAUCUGAUGAUUCAACUUGAUUCAAGGGCUUCGCGCAUGUCUCCCUCACAAGCCUUGUUGACCUUACACGCCGAUUACAUUGGUGGUGAACAUGCCAACUAUCGUAAAUGGUACUUUGCCGCUCAACUCGAUCUCGAUGAUGCAAUCGGCCAGACAUCUCAUGCUAUCCUCGGGUCGACCAAACCGGCAAAAAAGUUGAAAUCAGCCUCUGCCAAGUCAUUGGAAUCUGCUCGAACGCGCUGGCGACAGGCUAUGGCCAACAUGUCCUCUUACGAUCGCAUGCGUCAGAUAGCACUCUAUCUUCUUUGUUGGGGUGAAGCUGCCCAAGUUCGGUUCAUGCCCGAAUGUCUCUGCUUCAUCUUCAAAUGUGCAGAUGAUUAUUAUCGUUCUCCAGAAUGUCAAAAUCGGGUCGAACCUGUUCCUGAAGGCCUUUACUUACGGGCGGUCAUUAGGCCACUUUACCGAUUCUUCAGGGAUCAAGGAUAUGAAUUGAUUGAUGGCGUAUUCAUGCGAAGAGAAAAAGAUCAUAUGGACAUCAUUGGAUACGAUGACAUCAACUCACUGUUUUGGUACCCUGAAGGAAUCGCAAAGAUUGUACUCAAUGACCGCACUCGCCUGAUCGACAUUCCCCCUGCUCAGAGGUACAUGAAAUUUGAUAAAAUCGAGUGGCGUCGAGCGUUCUUCAAGACGUACCUAGAAAAACGUUCAUUUGGUCACAUGAUUGUCAAUUUCAAUCGAAUCUGGGUACUUCAUAUCAGUGUAUACUGGUAUUUUACUGCCUACAAUUCUCCUUCUAUAUACACUCUUCCCAAUCAGCGUACUCCCACCACCGCGAUGCAGUGGUCUGCUGUCGCUCUCGGUGGGGCAGUAUCGUCUCUGAUCAUGAUCCUUGCUACAGCCACCGAACUCUCAUAUGUCCCCACCACGUGGAACAACACUUCUCAUCUCGCUAGACGCAUGAUCUUCCUGGUCGUCAUCUUGGCUCUUACCGCUGGACCUACUGUAUACAUCGCCGGAUUUGAUCGAACCUCACAAACUGCCAAAUUAAUUGCUAUCAUCCAAUUCUGUAUCUCAGUCGUGGCUACAAUACUCUUCUCUAUUGUACCAUCUGGUCGGAUGUUUGGGGAUCGGGUGUCCGGCAAGGCCCGCAAGUAUCUUGCUAAUCAAACCUUUACAGCUGCCUAUCCCGAUCUUGAGUUUGCAGCACGUUCAGCUUCGAUCUCACUUUGGUUACUGGUCUUCCUUUGUAAAUUCGUCGAAUCAUAUUUUUUCUUGACUCUCAGUUUCGAAAAUCCAAUCCAAGUCAUGGUAGGUAUGAAAGUACAAGGGUGUCGGGACAAACUUUUUGGUGAUAUUCUGUGUCGUAAUCAACCUGCAUUCGCAUUGUCGAUCAUGUUCGUGAUGGAUUUAGUUUUAUUCUUCUUGGAUACAUUUUUAUGGUAUGUGAUUUGGAACACGGUCUUCUCCAUUGCAAGGUCUUUUUCGUUGGGCCUUUCGAUCUGGACACCUUGGUCAGAUAUCUUCACACGUUUGCCCAAACGAAUCUACGCAAAAGUUCUUGCUACCUCCGAGAUGCAGGCAAGGUAUAAGCCCAAAGUCUUGGUAUCUCAGAUUUGGAAUGCGAUCAUCAUUUCAAUGUAUCGUGAGCAUUUACUGAGCAUCGACCAUGUCCAACGUCUUCUUUAUCAUCAAGUCCCAAGCGAGAAUGAUGGCAAGCGUACACUUCGAGCACCGAUGUUCUUCAUCUCACAAGAGGACAAAGGACUAAAGGCCGAAUUCUUUCCUCCUGGAAGUGAGGCCGAAAGACGAAUUUCAUUCUUUGCUCAAUCUCUAACUACCUCCAUCCCUGAACCGUUGCCUGUGGAUGCCAUGCCUACCUUUACCGUUCUCACGCCGCAUUAUUCCGAAAAGAUUUUGCUUUCGCUUAGAGAGAUCAUUAGAGAAGAAGACCAAAACGCUCGAGUCACCUUGUUGGAGUAUCUGAAGCAACUUCACCCGGUCGAAUGGGACAACUUUGUACGGGAUACAAAAAUCUUGGCCGAGGAGGCUAAUGUAUUUCCAUCUUAUGCAUUUGCCAAUGGACAAGGUAACACGAGUUCAAGCGAUGAAAAGGUCGAGAAGAAGAAGACGGACGACAUUCCAUUUUAUACCAUCGGUUUCAAGUCUGCUGCGCCCGAAUAUACUCUUCGAACUCGAAUUUGGGCAUCUCUUCGCGCUCAGACGUUGUAUCGAACGGUAUCCGGUUUCAUGAACUACUCCAAAGCUAUCAAGCUUCUCUAUCGAGUCGAAAACCCCGAGAUUGUACAACUAUACGGUGGCAAUACGGACAAGUUAGAACGCGAAUUGGAGCGAAUGGCUAGGCGAAAGUUUCGAUUUGUGGUCUCGAUGCAACGAUACUCCAAAUUCAGCAAGGAGGAAGUCGAAAACACGGAGUUUUUAUUGAGAGCUUAUCCUGAUCUCAACAUUGCGUAUCUCGACGAAGACAAGCAACGUAAAGAAGGAGGAGAGACUCGAAUCUACUCUGCGCUCAUCGACGGUCACUCGGAGAUCUUGCCUGAUGGCCGAAGACGUCCCAAGUUCAGAGUGGAGUUGCCUGGUAAUCCGAUUUUGGGUGAUGGGAAAUCUGAUAAUCAGAACCAUGCCAUCAUUUUUCAUCGUGGUGAAUAUGUUCAGCUGAUCGACGCCAAUCAGGAUAACUAUCUCGAAGAAUGUCUCAAGAUUCGUAACAUGCUUGGAGAAUUCGAAGAUUUCCACGUUUCCAAUCAAUCACCUUACUCAUCGACGGGUGCAAAAGAAUUCACCAAGUUUCCUGUUGCGAUUGUCGGAGCAAGAGAAUACAUCUUUUCAGAAAACAUCGGUGUCCUCGGUGAUGUUGCAGCUGGAAAAGAACAAACGUUUGGUACACUCGCUGCUAGAUCAUUAUCGUUUAUCGGGGGAAAGCUACAUUAUGGACAUCCUGAUUUCCUCAAUGCAAUCUUUAUGACUACUCGAGGAGGCGUUUCAAAGGCUCAAAAAGGUUUACAUCUAUCUGAAGAUAUUUACGCAGGUAUGAACGCGUUUGGUAGAGGGGGUAGAAUCAAACACACAGAAUAUUAUCAAUGUGGUAAAGGUCGAGAUUUAGGUUUUGGAACGAUUUUGAAUUUCCAAACUAAGAUCGGUACUGGUAUGGGAGAACAAAUGCUGGCGAGAGAGUAUUAUUACUUGGGAACCCAAUUGCCUCUUGAUCGAUUUCUUACAUUUUACUACGCUCAUCCUGGAUUUCACAUGAACAACAUUCUCAUUAUCUUUGCUGUUCAAUGCUUUAUGUUCACGAUGGUAUUCUUGGGUACAUUGAAUUCCUCACUGACGAUUUGUAAAUAUAACUCAGAAGGUCAAUUCAUCGGUUCACCUGGUUGUUAUAAUCUCGUUCCCACAUACGAUUGGAUCAAGCGAUGUAUCGUGUCUAUCUUUAUCGUCUUCUUCAUUGCUUUCCUGCCACUGUUCUUGCAAGAGUUGACCGAACGAGGGGUGAUCUCAGCCUUGAUCCGACUUGGAAAACAACUGGGAUCCUUGUCACCCGUCUUUGAGGUCUUUAGUACUCAGAUUCAAUCACACGCCUUAUUGACCGACAUGACGUUUGGUGGAGCGCGAUACAUUGCAACUGGACGUGGAUUUGCGACCACUCGAAUCUCAUUCGCAAUUCUCUACUCACGUUUCGCGGGACCCAGUAUCUAUCUAGGGAUGCGAACGUUGUGCCUUUUGUUAUAUGUCACCAUGAGUCUUUGGAUUCCAUCGAUUCUAUACUUUUGGAUCUCCGUCUUGGCACUUUGUUUGGCUCCUUUCAUCUUUAACCCACAUCAAUUCAGUUUUACCGACUUCAUUAUUGAUUACCGAGAGUUUUUGAGGUGGAUGUGCAGAGGAAACAGUCGAUCGCAUGCAAAUUCGUGGAUUGGAUACUGUCGAUUAUCUAGAACACAAAUCACUGGAUUCAAGAAGAAACGAUUAGGUUUACCUUCUGAAAAACUUUCGACAGACGUGCCUAGACCGGGUUGGAAAGUGAUCUUAUUAUCAGAAAUCUUGGCUCCUAUGGCUUUGGCCGCGAUUCUAUCGAUUGCUUACAUGUUCGUGAAAUCCUUUAGCGAUCCGCCUGCGAACGCGUUACUCCGGUUAGCGAUUGUUUCUUUGGGCCCAGUAGUCUUCAAUGCUACGGUCUUGCUAGCGCUGUUUGUAGUAUCAUUACUCUUCGGACCGGCCCUAGCAUCCUGCUGCACCCGGUUUGGAUCGGUGAUGGCAGGCAUCGCUCACGUGUUGGGAGUCUUGGGAUUGAUUGGUUUUUUUGAACUACUUUGGUUCAUCGAGCUUUGGAACAUCUCGCACGCUGUCCUUGGAAUGAUUGCCACUAUCGCGAUUCAAAGAGCGUUGUUUAAGCUCUUGAUUGCUUGCUUUUUGUCUAGAGAAUUUAAGCACGAUGAAACGAAUCGAGCUUGGUGGACUGGGAAAUGGUAUGGUCGGAAAUUGGGAGCGCACGCUUGGUCACAGCCUGUGCGAGAAUUCAUCGUCAAGAUCGUCGAGAUGUCAUUGUUCAGUGCGGAUCUGUUAACAUGUCACUUUGUGUUGAUCAUCUUAUCGGUUCCACUCUUGAUCCCAUUCUCGAACCGAUUACAUUCGACAAUGUUAUUUUGGUUGAGACCAAGUAAACAGAUCCGACCUCCAAUCUUUUCGUUUAAGCAAAGAGCUCAAAGACGAAAGAUUGUGGCCACCUAUGGUGUCUUGUAUGCAAUCAUCAUCGGUAGCUUGAUCGCCUUGAUUGUCUUACCUAUUGUUUUUAGAUCAUCUUUAGAUGAAGCAGACUGUUCGAUUUGUAGAAGCAUUUAAUUUUUUUUUCAUAUUUUUUUACAUUUACAUCUUUCGACUUCCUUUCCAAUCUACAUCUCAACAUGUUAUCUAUCUUUUUUCCCAUCUCUAUUUCUUCAAGACAUCUUCUUUUUAACCACAUCUUUGAACAUUUUCCUUAUAUGCGUUCAUUUUUCAUUUUUUCAUUUUUUUUCAUUUUACAUUAUUUUAAUGUAGUUGAAGUGUUUUGUGGAAAAAAUGAGAAGUUUUUUUUAAAAGGAAGAAGAAAAACAGGAUGAUGGUGUUGGUGAUAAGGGCGAGUAUCAUUUUUUUUUGACUGAUUUUCACCAUAUAUAUAUAUAUUUUGUAUGUGUGUGAAGAAAAGAAAGCAUUAUCAUUUUUUUUGAACAUUAUAAUAUGAUUUUCCUUUUACAUCUUAUUUUUUUUUCUAUUUCUUUCCUUUAAACAUACAAAACUUAAAUAUGUAUUGUGUUGAGUAGUUCUUAUAAUUUUUUUUUUGGAUGAAAGAAGAGGAAGUUAUAAGAAUGUUCUUUUUGAUGAUCUUUUCUUCUUCUUUUGGUUGUAGUAGUUUUUGAUAAUUAGGUACAUACAUAUAAAGGUGAAAGAAAAAUGUUAAUGGACUAAUUUGAUUUUAAAUUUUUU